AUGAUGACUGUCAAAGACCCCACCCGCGCCCAAGCCAAAACGCUCAUCCCACACAUCCCCAACCCGGAUUUCGGCAAGUCGCUCAACGAGAACGGCAAAGCGGGUGAACUGAAAGCGACGUGGUUGGGGCACGCUUCGGUGCUUGUCGAGUUUCCGACGGCUCCCACUUUCCCUGGUCCCACUGGUGGUCUGACGAGUACGGCUGGUGCUCAAAGUGUGCAAGGAGGAGUGGGGACAGCAGGUCUCGGGGAAGGAGGCAAAAGAGGUGUGAGGGUACUAUUUGACCCGGUGCUGGGGGAAGGUAUGGCUUUUUGGGGACUGGGUCCGAAACGUGAGAGCUCAAACCCAUUCAAAAUCGCUUCCCUCCCCCAGAUCGACAUUAUCGCCGUCUCCCACAACCACUACGACCACCUCGACCUGCCCACCCUUUCCUCCGUCUUCAAGAGCCAGAAAGAAAAGUAUGGGUCGGAGCCGGUUUUGUUUCUGCCAUUGAAUAAUCGGCAUGUGGUGGCGGAUUUGGAUAUCGGCGGGAAAGGAGGGAAGGGAGGGAAAGAAGGGGAGAGGGGGAGGGUUAUAGAGCUGGAUUGGUGGGAGGGCGGGAGGGUUGUUGUUGAUGGUGUUGGGGAGGUGGAGAUGACUUGUACCCCAUGCCAACACACCUCCGCUCGGUAUCUCUGGGACAGGGACAAUUCGCUUUGGUCGUCUUGGGUUGCAAAGGAUGUCAGGCCUGGGGUGACGAAUCCUACUUCCGUAUUCUUCGGCGGCGACACCGGCUACUGCGCCCUCCACUCCCACCCCAACCCCUUCCACCUCCCCCCACCUCCCUCCCUCCCUUACUGCCCCGCCUUCAAAUCCAUCGGCGAUAAACUCGGCCCGUUCACACUCGGCUUGAUCCCUAUAGGGGCGUAUUUCCCGACGGAAAGUAUGUCGGGGAUGCAUGCUUCGCCGGGGGAUAGUGUUAGGAUAUUCCAAGAUACCAAAUGUAAACAAGCCCUAGGCAUCCACUGGGGUACAUUCCGCAUGACGCCCGAACGCUUCACCGAACCCCCCGAGAUGCUCGCUGCUGCCGUCCGCGAGGCAGGGCUGGAUGAUGGCGUUUUUGGAGUGUGUGCCAUUGGGGAGACGAAGGGGUAUAGUUAG